AUGUGCUUGCUUUUGAGAAAACCAGUGGUCUUCAGAUUAGGACUAGGAAUAAUUAUCGUGUUUAUUUUGUGUUUACCUGAAUUUUUCAAAAUCCAUGAAGCCAACACUGUAAUGAUGUCCUGCAUGGAUACCUGUUCAUCAAGUAACACCACUUUUCCACUUUGUACUUUUAACAAUUCUUACAAAACAUCAGUGCAACAAAGAAGAGAAACCCAGACUAUUUUGCUGAAGGUCAUUAUAAAUAAUUCCAAUUUCCAAAAUAUUCCAUGUAUUUGCCAGUCGUCCUGGAGGGAACAACAGUCCCACCCUAAACAGAGAGAGUGUGAAUCCAAGAGGGAUGUGAAUGUUGAUCAUCAAGGAUCAGGGUCAAUAGCUAAAAAAACAAAAGGCUCGCUUGAAGUGAAAACAGAAAAUAUUACUUAUUUUUACAAAUAUUUCAAUUUCACUACGGUUUCCAAGAAAGAAGUGGAGCAUAAUACAAACUACCUGAUGGAAAUCCACAUCAACAAUUCUAUAGUCAGAGGACCAAACACAGCCAACAAACAACUAAAUCAUUCUUGUCUCUUGGCAAUGAUGGAAGACCAAAAUGACUGUAUAAAUAUUUCACUGCAACUGAAGUCUUAUAUGGAAUAUCCAAUGUGUAUGAUGAAGAUCACUUGGCUCACUAUGAUUGCAGUAGUUUUUGUAUUUACUGUUUCAAUCGUCAUCUACAAAAUAGUCCAAGAAAAUAAACGGAACUCAGAUUAUAAACAAAGAGUAGCAACAUCAGUUUCUACUGUUCUAAGAAGAAAGAGUUCCAUACAUGCAAGAAGAACUGUAUCUGCUACUAAAAUUCAUCCAUUUCCUGUGAAAACCAGCAAACAACAGGCCCCACUUCCUGCACAGACUACAAAGAGAUUACCUGUAAUUCCUGAACAAGAGCGUUGUCACGUGGAACAACUGUAG